UUGGCUCGUUAUUAAAUGGUUCCCGAACAGGCUGAGUCACUUUUCCAAGGGCUUAUUUUUCUUUUUCACUUUGGCCUUGGUUUUUGCCUGUCUCCUUACCAGCGCAACAGCCCAGGCGCGGCCGCCACCCUCAGAAGACUGACACGAGGUCCCAGAAGGAAAUCCGAGCAGCAGCAGGCCGGGGCGGAAGUGCGGGACAGGGGGCGGGCGCCGGGCCGGCUCGGGCGGAAGUGCCGGGCGCGAAGCGGAAACGGCGAAGUCGGCGGGCGGCUCAGGUGGGUGCGGAUGGCCAGGCGGCAGCAGAAAAAGAAGAGAAGAAGGAAGCUGAGCGUGACACCACGUGCCAGUGGGCCUCAGGAUCCAUGCCCCCUUUGUGAUGAAGCCAAGGAAGUGCUGGAGGCUUAUAAAAACAGGGUAACACCAGUUUCCCCCUCCGCUAUCCACAAGUAGAGCAUUCCUAUCCAACCUUCAUAUGCCAAAGUGGUCAGAAGCAAAGGAGCAUUUAACGUUAACUUACGUAGAAAAAAUUUUUAGCAUUCCCAGACCCAAAAAAUAACCUCUCUCAGGCUUUCCCGAUACUUCAGGACACAUCUUGCUAAAGGAUGCACAGAAUAAACCGAGGUAAAGCACAGAUGCUCACAGACACAGUUCAAAGCUCUCGGGGCUGGAUGUUGGAUGCUGCCGUAGGUUCGCGGGGAAGGAGCUUGGCGGCACCACUCUCGCUGCUCACGGUGCACCGUGACUCUAGAAUGGCCAAAUGCUGAGCACUUUUUUCACCUUUCACCUUUCACCUUUUUUCAUGAAAGCAAAAAUCCCUUUCUGAUUUUUUUUUUUCAGGUAGCAAAACAGGUACUAAUGUAGGUCUUUCAUAACAGCCAAGUGGCCUGAUGCAAACUUUCAAAAAGCGGGGGAAACCUGCCUAACAGAGUGUGGCUUUAUGUACAUGGAAUGGAGAGCAUAGGUAGUAUAGAGUGUUUGCCUGGAUCCUUUCUUUAGGAAGAAAUUAAAUGAUUUUUCAUUUAAAUUUUCUUUCUAUUCUUCAGAGAGAGAUUUCAGUGCUAAUUUCCACAAAACUCAUUACCCUGAAGUGUUUUUCUCUGACCAGUGCUGGUUUUCUUACUCUGACUCUUAAUAUGCAUCAAAGCUAACUAGCAGGUGCCAUGUUGAUGCUUUCUUUAAACUUUUGUCCGCAUUCCUUUUACCUUACUCUGUCAUUUCCAUCGAGGUGUUUUCCUGCAGCAAACCAUGACACCUUUCCCGUUCUCACAUGCAAAGCACAUCUGUCUUGAUUCUCAGCCUGCCGGUUGGGACGUAUUUUAUUUCACUGGAAAUGGAGUAGUGACCUGACGCUGAAUGUAAACAGGUGUGGCAGAAAAAUGGCAAAACAGAGAGUUAAGGAAUAUAAUGAAAUCAAUCAAGUUGUGGAAAUCAGGGACAUGACAUCACUUGGGACCUCAGACCACAGCAAACCCCUCCACAUGAGAGCAAGUCUGGGCAUCAGGUUGGCACUGUAGCUGUUGUAUCAUUCCGUGGUCUCCAAAAUUCAGAGCUUUAGUCUGUCUCUG